UACCCUACCUCCACCAGUUUUUCAUUAAUAGUAAUCUCGCUCAGUCGCUCCUAUUUAUACAAUUCAAUGCUCUCAACACCGUCUCGCUACUGCUACCUUCCUAGCUCGUUCAUAAAUUUCAACCCACCGCCGCCGCCGUCACCACCGCCCUUUCAAGGUGUUACGGGCUAGGAGAUAGAAUGAAGAUGUUUUCAGUUAAGGUCGAGGAGGGAAGGGAAGGGCAAGAUGGGAAUCCGUCGGUUGGGCCGGUCUAUCGGAAUCUACUGGCUAAAAACGGGUUUCCACCCACUGAUGCUGAUAUGUGUACAGCUUGGGAUGUCUUCAGGGUAUCUCAUGAAAAGUAUCCAGGGAAUAGAAUGCUUGGUUGGCGGGAGUUUAACGAGGGGAAGUUUGGGCCUUAUAUAUGGAAAACAUACAAGGAAGUUUACGAGGAGGUUAUGCACAUCGGUUCUGCAUUACGAGCAUCCGGCGCCGAACCUGGCUCUCGAAUUGGAAUUUAUGGAUCAAAUUGCCCUAAAUGGAUUGUAGCAAUGGAGGCCUGCAAUGCACAGAGUUUAAUUUGUGUUCCUCUAUACGAUACUCUUGGGCCAGGUGCUGUAAACUUUAUCAUUGGUCAUGCGGAGAUUGAUUUCGUUUUCGUCCAAGAUAAGAAAGUUAAAGAACUACUAGAUCCAGAGUGUACGCAUGCGAAACGGCUGAAAAUGAUUGUUUGCUUCACUUCAUUGACAGUGGAAGAGAAAAAUAAGGCAGCUUCCAUUGAAGUAAAACCAUAUUCCUGGAAUGAGUUCCUUCGCAUGGGAAAGGACUACCCAUCAGAGCUUUCGCCACCUCAGCCAUUAAACAUAUGUACUAUAAUGUACACUAGCGGCACCAGUGGAGAUCCAAAAGGUGUUAUUCUAACACAUGAAAACGUUGUAACAUGCAUAGGAGGGUUGGAUCUCUUUAUGGACCAAUUUGAAGACAAGAUGACAGUGGAUGAUGUUUACAUAUCUUUCUUGCCCCUCGCUCAUAUCCUUGACCGCAUGAUUGAAGAAUAUUUUUUCCACAAGGGUGCUUCUGUUGGCUACUACCAUGGGGAUCUUAAUGCACUAAAGGAUGAUCUGAUGGAGUUGAAACCAACUUUUCUUGCUGGUGUACCUCGAGUUUUUGAACGGAUACACGAAGGUGUCAUAAAAGCAUUAGAGGAGCUCAAUCCAAGGAGGAGGGCAAUUUUUCACAUUCUUUACAAAUACAAACUGGCCUGGUUGAAUUUAGGAUUUAAGCAGAAAAAUGCAUCAUGGUUGGCUGAUCUGCUGGCAUUUAGAAAGGUAAAAUCCAGACUAGGUGGUCGGAUUCGUCUAAUAGUAUCUGGAGGUGCCCCCUUAAGCAGUGAGGUGGAAGAGUUCUUGCGCGUUACUUCCUGUGCUUUUGUAUUACAAGGCUAUGGGCUGACGGAGACUUGUGGUUUGACUACUGUUGGUUUUCCGGAUGAAAUGAGCUUUCUUGGCACUGUUGGUCCUGCAUUUGUGUCUAGCGAGUUGCGUCUGGAGGAAGUCCCAGAGAUGGGUUACGAUCCGCUUGGAGACCCUCCACGUGGUGAGAUAUGUGUAAGGGGAAAAUCUGCUUUCGCUGGGUACUACAAGAAUCCAGAGUUGACAAGAGAGACCCUUAUAGAUGGAUGGUUUCACACAGGUGACAUAGGGGAGAUGCUACCUAAUGGGGUGAUUAAAAUUAUCGAUAGGAAGAAAAAUCUAGUUAAGUUAUCUCAAGGAGAGUAUGUUGCUCUUGAAUAUCUGGAGAAAGUUUAUUGCAUCACCCCAAUUGUUGAGGAUAUCUGGGUCUAUGGGGAUAGCUUCAAGUCGAUGCUUGUUGCAGUAGUUGUACCACACGAAGAGAACACCCUAAGGUGGGCCCAUCAGAACGGCCACAGAGGUUCCUUCUCUGAGCUCUGCUCCCUCAACCAACUACAAGACUACGUUCGCCUCGAGCUAAAGUCUACAGCAGAGCGAAACAAGUUGAGAGGAUUUGAACAUAUCAAGGGUGUCAUUCUGGAACCACAGCAAUUCGAUGUGGGAAGGGAUUUGGUGACUCCUACACUAAAGAAGAAAAGAGGUAUACUAUUCAAGUGUUACGAGGGGGAAAUCGAUGAACUCUAUAAAAGGUUGUCGGGAGGGAGAACCACUAGCUAUUGACCUAUGCACUAUUCAUCUACUUUGUUAGCUAAUACCGCAUGCCAAUUUUAGUUUAUAGCAUAAGUCAUGCUGUUUUUCGGAUAUAACAGUAAACUAGUAAAGUGUUUGAACUUAUUGGCCCAAUUCAAAGAACUAUUUGAGAUAUUUACAUGGCUUCGAAAAAAAAUAAAAAAGGUAUGCAUGAAAAUGUAAAACUUUUGUUGUAAUUGAUUAAGAUUAGAGGACGAAUGGAGUAUUUGAAAGUUGCAAGUUUUCUCGGAUGAUGUAUGUAUUGGCAUGUUAAACUAAUAAGUGAGCCCUGACCGACUGAUAGUCAGAGGAUAUGUAUGGGAUGAUCUCCACCAUCUCGGGGCACCUUCAAACGAAUCAAACUAAACACAGACAGCACCUUUAACUGUGUUUUUGGGAAAGCUACCAUGGGGGAUUAAUUCGAAAACAUGAUGGUCAAAGGAUUAGCGGGUUUCAUCCGGACAUGCCUGCAAACUCUAGUCUUAUGGCAGAAAUUUGGGCCUUGAGGGGUGGAGUGCAGCUUUCAGUAGAGGAAAAUAUUACUACAAAAAUUGGAUGCGGAAGUGGAUGCUCUUGCUCUCACGCAACUGUUUGCUCACCAAAACUUGGGUUAUUACCAAAAAAUACAAAGAGAAGAGGAUGAUUGUAAUAGUACUUCUUUCCCAAGAUAUUUGUACGUGUACUUUGUAAGGCAAUGCAAGAAUUAAGUACUACUAUGUUUUCAGGGCAAUCAAAA